AAUGAUUGUGUUAAUUCCAACUUGCAGAUUCAAAUGAAAGAAAUUGUUUAUACAAUAAAAUACUUGCGUUAGAGGAAGCAACGGCUUAGACGGUUGUCUAUUGUCCUUGUGCACCAACUCUAUCAACGCCGAACACGCUCUCUUCCUCGUCACAGAACCGCGUCUGCGCACCCCUUUUUAUAUCCCACCCUUUUCUCUUCCUUUGCAUCUCACUCAUUUCUUCCGUUCUAUUCACCAGAAGCCACCACCACCAUCCAUCACCAUUGUGCAAUCUCUCCCUCGAUUUCGCAGCUUUCGACGAUGGCGAAGCAGCAGUCGUCGAGUUUCGCCGCGCGAGCCUGGAGCUUCCUUCGGUUCGCACUCCUUUGGUCCAGGAAAAGCAGCGCCUUCAGGCGACGACUCAUCCUUAACCUGCGCAUGAUGCCCAACUACUUAAAGAAUCUUCGUUCUUCGGGCUCGAACUUUAAUGGGGAGCGCGAGUAUUCGAUCGAGGAAACCCCCAUCUUCAGACUCAAGUUCCACAAGAAUGUCAAGAAGCAGGGGCAUUUCCCUCGCAUCCCCUGCAUAAACGCACCGAUUGAAGUCGAGGGUGAGGACUUCUUUUAUGAUCACCGUAGUUACCAUUGUGAUGAAGAUGAUGUCGACGGCGAUGGCGAUGAAGUUGUUGAUCAGGGAUCCGGCAGCAGUAGCGGCGAGAAAAAGGGGGCUUCCUUUAGCGGGGGGCAGGAUGGCUCAUGGAAGGAGGAAGAGGUUGAUCUGAAAGCAGAUGAAUUCAUAGCCGAGUUCUACAGACAGAUGAAGUUGCAGCGCCAGAUCUCUUACUUGCAGUACAAAGAGAUGCUCGAUAGAGGUGCCAGCAAAUAGCCAAGCACUCGUUUCCCCUCGUCCCUCUUCUGUUGUUCAUCUAUAGUACAUCACUCUGCAUAUUCCUUACUUUUUGCCUCGUCUAUGUAGAUACCGAAGAGUCCUUGUAAGAAAAAGAGAAAAAAAAGUUGUGUUGUGCUGAAUGAAAAGAUUAUGGUCCUAUAUCA